AUGGCCGAUCUCAGCGCAUGGGCAGCUCCUCGCCUCUCUCAGCUUCUUCCCCUCGAUGAGGAGUCGCUGUCGCAGGUCGUCGAAUAUGCCGCCAGUCUCUCCAAGGAGGCUUGCGCCGACCACCUCAAAAACCUCCUCGGUGACUCCCCCGCCGCCCUCGAAUUCAUAAGCUCGUUCAAUACGCGCCGCGAUGCCCGGCAACUGCCCCAGACGACAUCGACCCAAAGCAGAGAUGCGCCGCGAUCAUCGGGAGCCAAGAAGGGUAAAAAGAAGGCUCCGUUGCACAGCGCUGGUCCGCCACGCCGCCCAGACAACUACGGCAACGUUGGAGGGGGCUACAUGAAGGCCGAGGAGGAGGAUUAUAUGUCCUCACGAAAACCGACUACAAGCCUCGCGCCUUCGCAGCCUACGUCCUCGCAAUCAUCGCGUGUACCCUCUCCCUUGCCCACAUCAUCAUCAAAGCCACCGCCAUCAGCAAGUGGCCCUACAAUUUCGGAUAUGCUACCAAAUGUACGAUCAAAAACAAGCAAAUCAACUCGGCAGGCUGGAUCAGGAUCAAGUAGCAAGGGUGCGGCUCUGACGACGAAUAACAUCUCAGACCUUACUGCAGCUAUCGCCGCCUUGGAGGUAUCGACAAACCCGACACUGGAGGAACGACGCAAGUGCAACUGCUACGCCUCCCUUCACCCGCUAUUUGAUCCAGCUCCAAAUUGUAUGAACUGCGGGAAGAUCAUUUGCUCGCUCGAGGGUCUGCAACCAUGCUCCUUCUGCGGCACACCGCUGCUCUCCGCAGAGGAAGUGCAAGACAUGAUCCGAGAACUACGUGCUGAGCGUGGACAAGAGAAGAUGCGAGUACACAACGAAGGUGUUCAUCACGAAGGAGGGCCUAAGCCUACAUCCGGGUCCGGGUCCCCCAGUAAACUCGAUGCCGCCAAGGCUCACCGUGACAAGCUACUUCAAUUCCAAGCCCAGAAUGCCCGUCGGACCAAGGUUGUCGACGAAACAGCUGAUUUUGAAACACCCAAUGUCGCCUCGACCUUAUGGAUGAGCCCCGUCCAACGCGCGCUGGCGCUUAAGAAACAGCAGCGCAUUCAACGCGAAAUGGAGGAGAAGGCUCGUCCCGAGUGGGAGAAAAAGAAAACAGUCAUGAGUCUGGAUAUCAAGGGUGGCAAGGUCCGUCGUGUGUAUCAUAAUGCUGCAGCAGAGUCAACGCCGGAGGCCAGUGAGCCCGAGCCAGCCGAAGAAGCUGCCACAGAGCUUCCACGAGGCGAACAUGCUUUCAGUCGGAACCCGCUUCUUGCAGCCGGUGGUCUUCUGCGACCUGUCUGGAAGGCUCCGGAAGGGAAGACGCCCGAAGCAGCGGAGCAGACUGAAAGAAAACAAACUUGGCGACGGGUACAGGAUGACAAUGACGACAAUGAACAAUGGAUUCUUGAUGGUGGAGUACACGGGCAUACCACCUAG